AUGCUUCGAUGGUUCUCGGCUUGGCUGUUUGUUAGUGCUUCUCUUAUUGGAGGUAACCCAAGCUAUUAUCCAUUGCCCGCGUUACUGUUCCUUUGCUAUGAUUUGGCCAAGCUCCUCCCUUAUUUGCCUGCCGGUGCCGUGCCGAGUUCUCCAUGCGGCUGUAUUGCAAUGAGGUCAGAACCGGUUGGAAUCGAGCGCAUGGAGGACGAAUACUACCUUGCCCGAGCCUCUUCCUCUCUCUUGAGUCUUGUCUUCUCGCCACCGCGACCCAGGGAAACAGCCGCCGCGGCGACGAUCUCUAUUGUGCUGAGGCAAGGCAAUAGGUACUGCAAUGCAGUGCAGUGUGGUUUAGCGCAAGGCGAGGCGAGGCAGCGGCUGGGUAUUAUCCCAUCUAUACCACCAUCCUCGUCUCCGAUCGCCACAACUCCAGAACGGAUUCCUCCUUUAUCUCCACCAUCACCACCUUUCAUCCCUACAUCCAGCUCUAGCUCUUAG